GCAACAUUUAGCCCCUCACUGUACAGUUGUGGGUCUGUUCAUGGUGCGGGUUUGUGAGAGAAAGAUGAAGUUCUUAUUGGCGGUUACGAUUAUUGUUGCUUCGGUGUUUUUCCUGAUGCUGCCGAAUGGUUCUCAGGCUGAUGAGAAAAAGAAAGGACCUAAAGUAACAGCCAAGGUAUAUUUCGAUAUCCGUAUUGGAGAUGAGGAUGCAGGGCGUAUCGUCAUCGGCGUGUUCGGAAAGACCGUCCCAAAGACCACAGAGAAUUUCAUCACUCUGGCAACAGGAGAGAAAGGAUUUGGUUACAAGGGCAGCAAGUUCCACCGUGUCAUUAAAGACUUCAUGAUUCAGGGAGGUGACUUCACCAGAGGUGAUGGAACUGGAGGCAAGAGCAUCUACGGUGACCGCUUCCCUGAUGAGAACUUCAAGCUGAAGCACUAUGGCCCAGGAUGGUUGAGCAUGGCCAAUGCAGGCAAGGACACUAACGGCUCACAGUUCUUCAUCACCACUGUGCAGACACCAUGGCUCGAUGGCAAACAUGUUGUCUUUGGCAAGAUUCUUGAGGGCAUGGAUGUGGUCAGAAAGAUCGAGAGCACAAAGACAGAUGGCAGAGAUAAACCAUUAAAAGAUGUCACCAUCCAUGAUUGUGGCAAGAUUGAAGUGGAUAACCCUUUUGCUAUUGUAAAAGAGUGAAAUUACCCUAAGGGGAGAAACAGGACUGUGGGUUUCUGGGGGUUAAAAGGUGUGUUGUACCACUAUUUUUACUGCAUAGUUUUCGGUGCUCAAAGUCGACUCCUUCCUACUUUGUAGUGGUUGGCAAAGCAUCACACCUUGGGUCCAUCUUGAACAAUCAUUCCACAUGAUCAAACUGAUGCACUUAACAUCUGCUUUUUUGUAAACAAAUGUCAAAUAAAGGAUCCUGGUUUUGUUA